UAUGGGGAGUUCUAUAAGAGCCUUACAAAUGACUGGGAAGACCACUUGGCAGCGAAGCACUUCUCAGUAGAAGGUCAAUUGGAAUUCAGAGCAUUGCUGUUCAUUGCCCGCCGUGCUCCCUUUGACCUCUUUGAGAAUAAGAAGAAAAAGAACAACAUUAAACUUUAUGUCCGCCGUGUGUUCAUCAUGGACAGCUAUGAUGAGUUAAUACCAGAAUAUCUCAACUUCAUCCGAGGUGUGGUGGACUCCGAGGACCUGCCCCUCACCAUUUCCCGGGAAAUGCUCCAACAGAGCAAAAUCUUGAAGUAUGUGUCUCGCAUGAAGGAAACCCAGAAGUCCAUCUAUUAUAUCACUGGUGAAAGCAAAGAGCAGGUAGCCAAUUCUGCAUUUGUGGAGCGAGUGCAAAAGCGGGGCUUUGAGGUAGUUUAUAUCACUGAGCCUAUCGACAAGUACUGUGUGCAGCAGCUCAAGGAAUUUGAUGGGAAGACUUUGGUCUCAGUUACCAAGGAAGGCCUAGAGCUCCCAGAGGAUGAAGAGGAGAAAAAGAAAAUGGAAGAGAGCAAGGCCAAGUUUGAGAACCUCUGCAAGCUCAUGAAAGAAAUCUUGGAUAAGAAGAUUGAGAAGGUAACAAUCUCCAAUAGACUUGUGUCUUCACCCUGUUGCACUGUGACUAGCACAUAUGGCUGGACGGCCAAUAUGGAACGGAUCAUGAAAGCCCAGGCACUGCGAGACAGCUCUACAAUGGGCUACAUGAUGGCUAAAAAGCACCUGGAGAUCAACCCAGAUCACCCCAUUGUGGAGACACUGAGGCAGAAAGCUGAAGCAGACAAGAAUGACAAAGCUGUCAAGGACCUAGUGGUCCUGCGCUUUGAAACUGCACUGCUGUCUUCUGGCUUCUCCCUUGAGGAUCCCCAGACCCACUCCAACCACAUCUACCGCAUGAUCAAGCUGGGUUUAGGCAUUGAUGAAGAUGAAGUGACAGCUGAGGAACCCAGUACUGCUGUUCCUGAUGAGAUCCCCCACCUUGAGGGUGAUGAGGAUGCAUCUCCCAUGGAAGAAGUAGAUUAG